UCCCAAGUCCCCACCUAAGCAAUAAAGAUGAAAAAAUCUAGCUUGAAAACUAAAAAUCCUCUCUACUAACCCCAAAAAUAGAAUUAAUUUAUAAAUAUUAUACAACAUGUAUUCAUAUUCAAGAUUGUCACUCUUCUUCCUUUAACAAAUUUGAAUUACUUCAAAGGCUGCUCAUUGCUGAACAACAAGAAGUAAGAACUCAAAGAAGAGAAUUAAUGGAUUCUCUGUCCUCUGUAUCUCCUUCAAUCAUGCUACCUCCUCUACGCCAUCAUCUCAACCUCAAUAACAAAUUCAAUUUCAAUUCCUCCUUUCUCCCUCCUUUAUCUUCCAAUUUUUUGAUUUCCCAACCCAAAAGUAGGAGGAGGAAUUUUUGGGUGUUGCGCGCUAAAUCAAUCGAGAACUCUUAUGGUGAAUCCAAUGGUGAUGAUGAGUCUGGGACUGAUGAUGUUGAGGUAGAUGAAGCGCUACGAUUGGAUGGGACUAUCCCUGGAACUUCUGAUGAGUUUGUCAAGCAGGUUUCAUCACGUGCUUAUGAUAUCCGUCGCCAUCUUCAUGAAUCUCUCGAUUCCAGCAGUUAUGAUGUAUUGGAUGCCAAUCCAUGGAGAGAAACUUCAAAGCCUGUGUAUGUUCUAACCCAGAAGGAAAACCAGCUAUGUACGAUGAAAACUCGAAUGAAUCGCAGUGAAGUUGAAAGAGAGCUUGGGUUAUUGUUUUCAAAGGGGAAGAAAUGGGGUUCUGAAUUCGGCAAUCAGACUAAACAAUCAAGAAGCAGCAAAAGGUUUCAAAUGGUCGUGGAGGAUGUGAGGGAGGGAAUACUUGUGUUUGAGGACCAAAAUGAAGCUGUGCGAUACUGUGACCUAAUGCAAGGCGGGGGUCAAGGAUGUGAAGGGGUUGCCGAGAUAGAAGCAUCAUCUGUUUUUGAUCUUUGCCGAAACUCAAGAGCUUUGGCUGUUCUAUUCCGAAGAGGCAGGACACCUCCUCAACCCGAAAGCCUCCAGCUUAACUUAAGAGCUCGAAAACGAUCCCUCGAAGACUAACAUGUUUCACAACUCCCAAAAUGUGUAGAAAAUUACAGGAAAUUAAACAUAGAAAUACAAUGAUUAUAUUGUAUUUGUAUAUAUAUAUAUACACACAACUGAAAGCUAUACAUCAACUAAUUGCAUA